AUGAGUCAAGCCGCUAAAUCAGGCAAGAAGAGAAUCUAUCUCAAUGCCUUCGACGCUUGCACCGUUGGUCAUACCUGCCCCGGCCAAUGGCGGAACCCGGCAGACCACUCGUCAGACAAACGAAAUCUCGAUUACUGGCUGGAGACGGCCAAAAUACUAGAGAAGGGAAAGUUCCUAUCGUAUUUCCUUGCUGACACUGUUGGGGGAUUUGAUGUCUACAAUGGAAGUCGGGAUCCGGCCAUCAAGAUAGCCUCGGAAUUCCCAGUCACUGACCCUUUCGUGCCCAUCUCUGCCAUGGCAGCCGUAACGAAGUCCUUGGGCUUCGGUGUCACCGCAUCGACAAGCUAUGAAAGACCCUUCCUCCUGGCUCGCCGUUUCUCCACGCUGGACCAUUUCACAAAAGGCCGUAUCGGAUGGAAUAUCGUCACGUCAUGGAACAAGUCUAGUGCGCUUGCAAUGGGGUUGACCGAUAUCAUCCCUCACGACGAGCGCUACGAGGCCGCGGAUGAGUUAAUGGACGUUCUGUACCAAUUGUGGGAGUCGUCUAUUGCCGAUGAUGCUGUCGUCAAGGACAAGGCAUCCGAGACUUAUAUUGAUCCCUCCAAAGUCCGGACCAUCAAGCACGAGGGGAAGUACCACAAACUCGAAAGCCCAUUCGUAGUUGAUCCAAGCCCCCAAAGAACACCGUUUCUCUUCCAAGCCGGUACAUCCUCCGCUGGAUCAGCGUUCGCAGCAAAACAUGCCGAAGCUAUCUUCGUGGCGGGUCACGUCCCAGGCACCUUGGCCCCGAAGAUUGCCAAAAUCCGGCAGCUUGCCGCGGGGCGAGGGAGAGAUCCCCAGAGUUUGAAAUUUUUCCAAUGCCUCACACUCAUCCUGGGAAAGACCGAUGAAGACGCUCAAGCGAAGCUCGCUGAAAUUAAGAAGUAUCAAUCUAUUGAAGGAGGUCUCGUAAUCUUCAGCGCCUUUACCGGAAUAGACCUCAGCAAAUACGAACUUGACGAGGAAAUUAAGCCCGAGGAUAGCAAGUCUUCUGCUAUUAUCCAGUCUGCUUUUAGCAAUCUGUUCAACGAGGAACAGGGCACUGGAAAAUGGACUCCCAGACGAGCAGCCGAGGAGCUGUCGAUCGGCGGCAACGGAGCUGUCCUGGUCGGAAGCCCGCAAACUGUUGCUGACGGUCUGGAGAGGUGGGUGGCCGAAGCUGAUGUUGAUGGGUUCAAUUUGUCACCGGUUGUGCAGCCGCAAUCUUGGAAUGAUAUUGUCGAGCUUCUUGUACCUGAGUUACAGUCACGAGGGAUCUACUGGGACGACUACGAUGCUCCCGGGGGCACACUCAGGGAAAAUGCUCAAGGCAAGGGGAAUAAUCGCUUGAGGACCGACCAUUUUGGUCAUAGUUACACAUAA